UGCUUUGCUAUAAUGCUAGACUGCCUCUGCGUGGCGUCAUUAUACCUUCAAAGGUUCCUCUCCAUCAGAGAAAAUGAUUGACCUCACAGCCCGGCACAUCCAGAAUUUCUCCGAGGCGUCCGGCCUCGAGCCGCAUUGGGGCUAUGCAGACCGUGCUGUACCCUGCACCAACGAUGCCGGGUCGUGCGAGUACCUUGACGCCGUCUACGGCGCCCACGACCGGGGAAUGCUGUACAUGGGCAUCUUCUGGGCAACCAUUGGCGGCAUCCUGUUGGUCUGGGGCGUCGGCCGGCGCUUCUUCGAGACGUCACCGUCGCCAUCAUCGCACCCAAGACACGGCGGCAUCACCCGGCUGCGGCACUCCAUUGCCGCCACCUCCCGGCAGUAUCUCCUCCCAACCUCUAUCACAUCCAUCUUCGGCCACGUCCCUCGGCUGCAGGUAGCCAUCCUGCUCGUGCUGACGGGAUAUCUCACCAUCUGGACCUUCAUGGGGAUCACCUACAAGAAGUGGAUCACCCCUGUCAAGGGUCAGCCCGGCGUGUACAACACGCGCACCAGCCUCGGCCCCUGGUCCGACCGGAUCGGCGUGGUGGCCUACGCGCUCACCCCGCUGUCGGUCCUGCUGGCCAGCCGGGAGAACCUCCUCUCGCUCGUCACUGGAGUGCCGUACACGUCCUUCAUCUUCCUACACCGCUGGACCGGCUACAUCAUCGUGAUCCAGUCGGUCCUGCACACCGUGGGCUGGGUCAUCAUCGAGGCCCGGCUGUACCAGCCCCAGCCGGAUGUGUGGAACGACUUCGCGCCCCAGCUGUACAUAGUCUGGGGAUUCGUAGCGCUGGGGCUGCUCGUGCUGAUGUGGCUGCUGGCCCUGCCUGUCAUGGUGAGGAAGGUGACGGGCUACGAGUUCUUCCGCAAGACUCACUACGUCUUAGCUAUGGUGUAUAUCGGCGCCCUCAUCGGCCACUGGCAGGCGCUGCAGUGCUUCCUGGUGCCGGGUUUGGUGCUCUGGUUCCUCGACCGGGCGGCCCGAUUCGUGCGCAUGGCGAUGCUGCACUACGGAUACAAGGACCAGAAAAGGGGUUGGGGGUUCUCCUCGGUGCCUGCGCGGGCACGGGUGUGGACCGACGAGAUCAACGGCGAUAUCGUGAGGCUCGACUUCGCGCAUCUCCAGCAACCCUACAAAGUCGGGCAGCACUUCUUCCUCUGCUUCACUGAGGGCUCCAUCUGGCAGAGCCAUCCGCUAACGCCGCUCUCAUUGCCGGAUCCGGCCGCCGACGGCACCGUCCCCCACGCGUACAUUAUCCGCGCUAAGAAGGGCGAGACGCGCAGGAUUGCAGAGCUGCUGAGGAGCAAGGCCGAGACAGCCCCGGUAUCUGCGGAACCGCCGACAACGCCAGUCAUCCUACAAGGCCCCUAUGGCGAGGACAUCGGGGACAGCCUGGGCCGGGACGUCAACGUGCUGUGCGUCGCGGGCGGGACUGGCAUCACAUACGUGCUCCCGCCGCUGCUGAAGCUCAUCAGGGAGAAGCCCGCGCCGGGCCGCAAGGUCGAGCUCGUGUGGGCUGUGCGGAGGGAGCAGGAUCUCGAGUGGAUCGGCCCGGAGCUGGCUGAGAUCCGCGGCGCGGCGCAAUCGCACGGCGUCGCGAUCCGUGUGUUUGUCACGGCCGAGGCCGGGAGCGAAAAGGGGCCGUCGGCAGCGUCGAUCGCCGACGAGAAGAGCCCUGCGCCCGAUAUCGAGGGCCGGGGGACUGGUAUUAGGCCGAAUCUCGACCAGGUUGUGAAGGAGUUUGUGGGCGAGGUGGUGGCAGGGCCAACCGCAGUGUUUGCUAGUGGGCCUGUAGGCAUGAUUACCGACUUGAGGACGUCGGUUGCUGCGUGUAAUUCUGGGGCCAAGGUUUGGAGAGGAGAGGAGAGGUUUGAUGUCAAACUUGUCUGCGAUAACCGGUUAGAGUGGUGAAGCUAGACCUUGAGAGAUACCAUUUUUGUUUUUUUUUUCUUUCCUGUAUCGCGAGAGCAUUGUGGAUUCGAAACAGACCAGCUGUUGUUCCUAUUCGUGGAUUCUUUUGGGAACAUGAUACGCCAGAACCGCCUUGCGCCGGAGGACAUUGCGGAUGCCAUCAUCUCUUUUGAAGACGGCAGGCUAGCGGACAUGAAGUGGUUUAUGCAAGCUGUGUAUAAUGACAAAGACGGGA